AUGACUCAACCAAUCACUUCCAGGAAGCUCGGAAAUAAGGAAAACUUCUUCCGUGCUCGAGCACAAUGUAAUUUUUAUCGCAACUUCGUCGUUUCUGUUCAGUAUAGUCGCAGUUCCAUUCAAGAUAAGCUCUUGCUAUUUCGAGCACUAAGGAAAACACUCAUCGACUACCCAUCUUUAACUUGCAAUGUUUUCGAGGUUGAAGAUGAAAGGAAAUUGAUUAUGAGACCCGUCAAAAAUGUUUAUUUUCUGGACUUGGUUGAAAUUCUUCUGGAGCCUGUUCUGAUAAGUGAUGAGAAGUACAUAAGGUAUAUGUCAGAAACACAUUUCAGUCAUCCCUACGAGGAAAGACCGCUCUUUAAGUUGGUUGUACCCAACGAAUUCAGUCUUGGGGCGGCUUUUGAUCACACUUUGGCAGAUGGACUUGUUGGAAGGUAUUUCCAUGAAAUAUUGCUAAACAAUAUCGCAUACUGCGAUAUCAAGACUAAUGAUGUGGAGUAUAAGGCAUUAUAUGGAGAAGUGCCCAUAAAUUUUGAAAACAACGUUCUAUUGUUUUCACUGGAGAAAGACUCGAAGUAUUUCCGGAAUUCGGUUCCUCCUCCCAUGGAGAUGUACAUGGAAGGAGAAGUGACCGAGAUCACACCAAGUCAUUUCUCCAAAUUCAUUCCACCAGAUUUCCCCCACCUUUGGCCUGGAAGAUUUGCUUCUAAAUUGGAAAGAUCUAUUGCUUAUAAGCAUAUCAACAUACCUGCAGAAGAUUUGGCAGAAAUCAAGGUUCAGUGUCGAAAGCACAAAGUGACUCUUACUUCAUUUUUGGUGGUCAACAGUGCAUUGACCCUUCAACCCAUAUUCGGCCGAAAGCACCAUUUUCUGAUUGCUACUGCUAUUACUCUACGAAGAUUCAUGAACAAAGAAAACUUGGAUGUUCCAUACAAGCAAUUGUUGGAGCCAGAGUGCAAGAUAUUAGGUUUGCACUCCCAUCAAGGGUUGAUUCAGACGUAUGCGCCAUUGGACGAGUUUUCAUGGGACUUAGUGGCGGACUCCAAUGCCAAAUUGAAGGAAACAACUACCUCUAAGGGUGAAUUAUGGUCACUUUUGAGAAAGGUCAAUGCUCCAGAUUGGAGUGGUGAUAACAAAUCAUUGUUCGAGGCAUCAUUGGGAAAAAGCAAGCUGGACUCGUUGAAGCUAUCCAAUUUAGGAUAUGUGGAAUUUCCUGUUCAUCCAAGCAAUUCAGGACCCGAUUGGACCGUCACCGAUGCUGUCUUCGGACAGGAUAUUGCACCCACAUCAGAAUUUGUCGUGAAUGUGAUUGCAACUCCCAUUGGAGGGCUCAACAUUGUACUUGAGUACUUGGAUACUUAUGAGGACACCGAAUUGAAGAAUCUCGAUUGGCUCUCGUUGGAUUUAAAAGAGAGAAUACUUAAAAAUGCCGGGAUUAAGGUGUGUGAUAUUUUGGUGGAAGAAGUGGAUGGAGGUAUUGAGGUCUCCUAG